GAUUUGACAUUUAAAAAAAGACGUUCUCUUAGUUAUUUUUUUAAUGUAUACUUGUUUUCUUGCGUGUUUUAUGUAUAAUAUUUUUUGUCUUUUUUUGCAUUAACGGUACACUAGUUCAAUAUAUUGAUUUAAGGAAGUUAACGCUUCAUAUUUUACAGCUAAAAGACGGGAAUCAAAAAAUGAAUUUGCGUUAUUUCUCCCUGAAAAACACGUUUUCAAAUUAUAUAUUUUGUAAUUAUAUGCCAAAAUAAGUCUUUUUUUAAAAAAAAAAAUCCUCUUCUUCUUCUUUUGCCACGUUUUUGUUCCUUUCCAGAGAGAGGGAAGAUACCGGGAAGCAGAGCAGAAUUGUGAUUGGUGAAAACCGCUGAGUGCCCGAUUUAUGUCCCGCGUACCAGAAAAAUACUAGGCUCCCAUUGGUGUAGUCGAAAGCUUAUCACGGUUACUAUGGACUUUGGCUUUGCUGGUAUCCAAGUGAGGACGUGAUUUUAGUCAAAGCUGCCGUUUCUUCAGUGAGACCGUGCUGCGGUGAACAGCAGUGUCUUUCCUCGUUUUUCUACUGAGUCACGUUACCGGAGCCCUGCUAAAAACACACGGUGGAAAUAACAACAACAAUGGUGCAGAGGAAAACUAAAAUUCAACCCAAAAAAGAGACGAUUCCAUCGUCCGAGGAAGUCAAGAAUGGAAAGAAAAGAGAAAGCAGAGGAGCAGACUCGGCAGCAGCAAGACCAGGAGGAGGGAUUCCAAAAUCCUCAGUGUUCACCUGGUUUGUGGUCCUGGCCCUGCUGGGAGUGUGGAGCUCUGUGGCCGUACUCUACUUUGACAUUGUGGACUAUGACCGAGUCAUUGCCAGAGCUCAGGAGUUUCACAUGAACUUUUCUGACGUUUUACAAGGUAAACUGAAGGCCUACGACUCAGAUGGAGAUGGAGACUUUGACAUCGAGGAUGCCAAAGUUCUGCUUGAAAAGACAGAAGGGGGCGAAGCUACCAGAGCGAACACAACCCGAGAGCAUCCAGCCCGAGGGCUGCUUCUACGUUCAGCUUUGAAAGAAGAUCUUAGGAUAAUCCAUGAGAAGAUGGAGGCUAAGAGGAUCGCUCGCAUCGCCCUGGCUGUGAUUAGAGAGCUCCUCACCGAAGAGGAGGAGCAGAGAGAGGCAGUCUGGGUGAUUAGGAUGAAGGAGCUCGAGGUUGCACAGCAGCAACUGAGGGAGGAGAGGAAGAGGAUAGCGGAAGAAGAGGAAAGGAUAAAGAUGGAGAAGGAAAGGCUGGAAAGAGAAAGGGCAGAGAAAGAAAGGAUGGAAAUAGAAGAGGAAAUAAAAGUAAGAGUGGAAAAUGGAAAGGUAGAGGAAGAAGGUGUGGAAAAACAGGCAGCAGGGAAGGAAAUGGAAGGGGAAAAUGCAGUGGAAAUGAAAACAGAAAAGGAAGAGACGGAAAAGAUUGUGGAAGAAAAAGAUGGUUUAAUAAAAUUUGAUAUGGAAGAGACACAAAAGGAAAAGAUGGAAAAAGAAAAAGAGGCAAAGAAUGAGAUGGAAAAAGAAAAUACAGAGAAAGAUAAGAUGGAAGAAGAAAAAUAUGAGAUGGAAAAGAUGGAAAGAGAAAAGGCACAAAUUGAGCAAGAAAACGCAGAGAAAGCUGAAAGACAGAGAGUGGAGAUGGAGAGCCUCUGCAAAGAAAUGAUGAUUAGAGAAGAGAGGGAAAGACUGUUACAGGAAAGAAUGGAACAUGUUGAAGAAAACAAGAGUGUAGCUGAAGAAAAGAUAGGGAUGGAGGAAGAGAGACAGGAGAGCGCUGGCAUGGCUGAAGAAGGAAGGAGGAUAGCAAACGAGGAGACGCAAAAGAACGAACUGAUCACAGAACAAGAAAGAGUUGAAAAAGAAAUAAUCGAGAAAGUGGAACCAGAGUUGGAGAGGCGUGAACAGGAAGAAAAUGCUAUGGAAAACGAGAGAAUAGAUAAAGAGGGAAUAGAAAAAGAGAUGCAGGAGGAAGAAAUAAUUAUUAAGGAAAGAGCACAAAUGGAGAAGGUUGAUUUAGAUCACAUUACUGAGGAAAAAGAGGUAAAAGAGCAGCAGGAAAGCCAACAAUUAGAUGAAAUCAAGGAAGGAGAGGAGAGGGAAAGAUUUGUUCAGGAAAAACACGAGGUUGAGAAAGCGAAAAAUGAAGAGCAGGAAAAAGAACAAACAGAAGAGUUGGAAAAGGAGGAAAAUGAACAAAUUGGUUGUAAAAGACCAGACAUGGAAAAAGAGGACGAAGCCAGAGAGAAGGAAAAGGUGGUGAUAGAAGCUAGAGAGGAGGAGGACAGAGAAAGACUGGAAAAUGAGCGCCUAUCCAAGGAAAGAGCAAGAAUUGUGCAGGAAAAGGAGAGAUUAGAAAGAGAGAAGGCAACAAAAGAAAGACUGGAGAGAGAAAAAGUUACAAAAGACAAAGAAAGGAUGGAGAGGGAACCAAUGGGAAAGAUGACCAGUGAAGUCAAGAAGGACAAGAUGGAAGAGGGAAGACUGGUGAAAGACAGUAUCAAGGAGAUGACGGAAGAAAACGUCAUGAACAAAGAAAAAACCAUGCACGUAGCAUCAGGUACGGUGACGCGGGAGAGAACAGACCAAGAACAUUCCGAGGCAAAGGUUAAUGUCCACAGACAAGAAAUAUCAGAAAGGAAGUCAAAUGUAUCUCAUCCUAAAAUGUCAACAGCUGAGGAGAAAACCAAGAACAUCACCGUAGGACAAGACAUCCUGUCAAGAAAACAGAGUAUUCUUCCGCCUAAAGCUCCAACAGAGGUGGGGAAAAUCAAGAACAUCAUUGUGAGUGGACCAGGCAUGGAGUUAAAGAAACCAGAUAUUUCUCAAAUCAAAGCUUCACAAGUAGAAGAAAAAACCGGGAAUGUCGUUGUCAACAGAAAGGUUGUUCAGAAGAGGAAACCAAACAUUUCUCCAACCCAAAGUCCAACAGCAGAGGAGAAAACUAAGAUCAGUGUUAGUGUAAACAAACAAGACGUCCCAUUAAAGAAAACUAAGUCUGCAACAUUGGAGGAGAAAAGCAAGAUGGCCGUUGUCAACAGACCAGAUGCUCCGAAGAGGACGCCAACUAAGUCUCCACCUAAAGCUCCAACAGCGGAAUCAAAAACUACAUUUGUCAACAUCAACAGACAAGAUAUUCAGACGAGAAAACCAGAUUUCUCUUCACAUAAAGCUCCAACACAGGAGGAGAAAACUAAGAAUGCCAACGUCAGUCUCAGCAGACGAGACAUUUCGCUCAGAAAAACAAAUAUUUCUCCACCUAAAGCUCCACAAGCAGGGUUAAAAACGAUUCAAACAAGGAAACCAGAUACCGUUUCACCUAAAGCUCCAACACCGGAGAAGAAAACCAAGAAUGUCAACGAAGGUGUCAGUGGACGAGACAUUCCACUGAAGAAACCAAACAUUUCUCAGUCAAAGUCUAAAACUUUGGAGGAGAAAACCAAGGUUGUUCUCAAAAGACCUGUUAUUCCAACAAGGAAACCAUAUAAUUCUCCGACUAAUGGUCCAGUAGGAGAGGGCGGAACUAAGAAGGUGUUCACAGUCAGGAGGACGACAGAGGGAAUGUCUGGUGCAGACAUUGGGAAGAAACGAUAGUACAGCAAAUGUUACAGGAGCAACAACUCUCAAAAACAAAUUUUUUAAUGAACAUUUGAGGAAAUGACCUGUCUGAAAAAGCAACUGUAAAAUGAGCAGGAGCUCUGUAUCAUCACCACGAAGAUCAUUGUCCUCCAGGCUGAUUGACAGAGUCAAUCUUCAAGGUCAAGCCUUGAAUAUUUUGAAAGUAUUUUUUGUUAGAAAUGUUAGAAAUUUACAGUAGUCGUAGUGUAGUUGCAUAGUGGUUGUAAUGGCUUUAAGAAAUUGUUUUGUUACCAUACAAGAUUUGGUCAUUUAGUGUGUUGUGGCUCAGUGUGUCAUCAAGAGAGUGCAGGUUCAAAUCCUGCUCUUUGUGUUCGAUCACAUAUAUCUGUAUCUGCAUCUCAGUGAAAUCCUCUGGUAUGCCUUCAGUACUUUGAAUGUACUAUAGGGAAGAGCAGGAACAGAACAGUAACAGCAGUGACAGUAGUACGUAGAUACUGUUUGGUAUCCAACCUAAAGUUUGUGAAGUCUUAUGUUAGCUUGGAUUAUUACCAAACCCUCUACAUCUUAGGUGGUGUGUGCUUGUCGUCUACACCCACCGACUGCAUUCGGAACACUGUGGUGUUGAAUCUGUGUUGACGAAUCGGGAGGCCAGACCUUUUCCUUUCCCCUUUUAACUUGAUCGUCUCUCUGUACAACAGCGGAAAAACAGCGAGCAGGAUUAAUAACAGUUUCAUGUUACAGUGACUCUACUGUUCUUCACAAAGAUAACAGUUGUGUUAUUUAAAACCUCCCCAUGUCAAAAAGAGGACACACCUCACUUUGUCUAAGAAAAACAUGUGGUUUAAUGUGUGAUUUAGCCCUUUUUCUGUAGCUGCUGGUCUACUGCUGCCUCCUGUGGUCUGUUUGUGUCAAUAAAGGGAAACUUGAAAGAAUUCUUAGUGAACGCUGAAAUGACAACAGAGAUCAGCUGAGGUUUUCUUAACGUAUUUACUCCAAUGUCUAUAGAUUUAUAUUAUCAGAUGUGAAUUCAGUAGUAUUUAAUAUUUGUUUCCUUUUAAUGUCUUCUGUCCAGAGUUAUUUCCGACCACUUACAUCAAAAUAAUCUGUUGUAAAGAUUGUUGAUUAAAAAUGUGGGAUUACAAAUGGAGAUUCUUUGUCUGUGUUUCCCAAAGGUGGGAUGGUCCACAGUUAUUAAAUGAAAUUAUUAUUGUCAUGUGAAAGAGGGUUUACAAAAGCAAAUAGUAAAAAAAAAAAAAUGUAUUAAUGAAGAGAGGCCCCCUGGUGGUUAAUCAAUUAAACUGCAACUACCCUCAGGUCAUUGUGGAUGCACUUUGGAUUUUUUUUUUUUUUUUGGCACUCACUUGGGAAUGAAAGAGAACACACCACAGCACCACCCAGUCUUCCUCGUUGGACAAUACUAUCACACUCUGACACAUUUUCCUCCUCUACGUUCACUUCCUUCCCCAGAUUUGUGAUCGUGGAGCUGCAGCUCCUGACUGUCCAGAUAUGUCGAGCUAAACGUUUGGUUACUGAGCAGAGGCACUGCCACAUUAAACUGUAAUCCCACAUCAGUGUGUCACAAUUUUUGAAGUGACACAGAACAGCAAACGUAAAGUCUAUAUGUUGAAUGAAACCUUGGAAAUGGAUACGUUCGUGUGUGUGUGGUGUACGUUGUAUUUUAUGUUGCGUAUAAACCAUU